AGAGCGCUUUAAUCCAAAUUCCGGCCAAGACUUUUUUGGAGAAACCAACGUUUACGCACAGAAUAGCAUAACCCCACCUCUAACAGCGGUAGCCUAAUUAGGUGAAGGGGCGCCGAAAACCCUGCAGAUUAGGUUUUUGUGUGGAGGCUGGCUGGAUUAACCCUCUGUCUUUCUUCAUGUUGCUCUAAACCACGUCAGCAGAUCUAUACCCACCCCAAAAGGAGCGGUUCUUCUGUAGCUUGGAAUGCCAUAGCUGCCUGCCUGUUUGCCAUACUGUAGUUCCCUGUUGAACGUGGACACCUUGCAAUACCGCCUGAGUCACCGCGCGGCGACGCCGACAGAUUCCUGGGCUGGACUGCCUUUCUGUUGAUAAGCAUCCGAUGGUAUUCAGUACAAGAUGGCGGUGUCUGGCAUGGAAAAGGACGGAAUAAAUACCGAAGAUGAGCUCAAUGACUCCGUCGAAAAUGCCGGGUUGAUUUCUCCAGACAAGGAGAAUAAGGGGGAUAUUUCACGCCUACUGACUGUUCCCUUCAGUGGUCGUAUCAAGGGAGGGAUGAGACCGGGAAAGAAGAUCAUCGUGAUGGGCAUCGUGGAUCCUGAGCCCGACAGCUUCGACGUGUGCCUGGUGUGUGGCCCAAUGAGUGAUAAAGAGGGCCUGGAUGCAAAGACGGACGUGGCCCUGAAACUCCACGCCCGAUUCCCCGACCGCAAGUUCCUCCGCAACGCUCGCGUCUCUGGGAAGUGGAGCGAAGAGGAGGUCCCCAUUCCUUACUUCCCCUUCAUCCAGGACCAGCCUUUCAGGAUUGAGAUCCACUGCGAACACCAGCGUUUCCGGAUAUUCGUGGACGGCCACUCACUCUUUGACUUUUAUCACAAAGUGAAGUCUUUGCUCUCCAUCGAAGUCAUCCGAAUAGACGGGAGCCUACAGAUCACCAAGCUGGGCUGAAGCCCGGCGGCAGCCUCGGGCAGUCGGGGGGGGGGGCCGUACAGGGCCGGGCCGAGGCUGACCAGUCUUCGUCAGGUGGCCUGGUGGUGUCAGACAGACCUGUUCCCAGCUAUGGUGACACGUGCAUCACCUGCCACCGGGUGACCGUUACUGUAUGUCACCUACAGCCACCUGCCCACCUGAUGACCCUGACAACCCUGCACUGCUUCAUGGGGGCUGCCAUCUCCCUCCUCGCUCUGAGCCCUGUGUUCACCAACGCAUCAAUUUCCUCCACUCAUGGCAAUAGCUCCGUCUCCUCACCCACCCACCCACCCUCUUGUUGUCGUCUCCAGUCCUCCAGUCGUCUCCUAUGGGUCUAAGGAAGGAGACCCACUUGUCGGUGAAUGGUUGCAAUGCUCAGCUUUUGUGUGUGUUGUUGUUUCUCCCCCCGAGCAAAUGCUUUUUACAGUACAGUUUGUUUCGCUCUCCCUGUACGUUUUUUUUCUCUUUGUUUUUUUUUUUUUUUCUUUUGGUCAGGGAUGUCAUAAUAACACGAUAUGCACUCUAGGUCAGCAGAGAAAAGCUGUAGAGAUGUUCUGCUGUGUACUUGCUGCUUCAAGACUUCAAGUGCAAAAAUGUUGAGUAUUACUAGAGGUUAGUGUCACCAAAUGGGAAAGACGCUGUUAUAGUUUCAAGCACUCAGGAAAUAACUUUAGGUGUAUUUAUUCUUUUUUUCUUUCGAAAAGGCAUAUUUUGUAAUCAAUUAAAAAAAAGAUUUAUGGUAAAUAGCUA